UCACGAACGACAAUGUUGCCCAUCAAGAGACGCAAGGUCGACGAGGACCAGCCAAAGAGCUUAGCUCCAAGUAAGAAGAAGACGAAACAUAUUUUUAAGGAAGUUGUGUCAGAACCUUCGUCGCCAGAACCCGAGCAAGAGAAUGUCCAGCCACAGCCCGAGGGUUCGGAAGUGGCAGCAGAAGUAGAGGGAGAACCAGAGGCGACGAAAUCAUUCAAAGACUUGGGCAUCAUCGACUCUCUUUGCGAUGCAUGUACGGCUUUGGGAUACAAAGCCCCGACUCCAAUUCAAGCACAAUCGAUACCCCUCGCACUCAAAGGUCGAGAUCUCAUAGGUCUGGCAGAGACUGGUAGUGGAAAGACAGCGGCAUUUGCGCUUCCAAUUCUCCAAGCUCUGCUCGACAAGCCCCAAGCUCUCUUCGGACUCGUCCUUGCGCCGACCCGUGAGUUGGCGUACCAAAUAUCGCAAGCCUUCGAGGCAUUGGGCGCAUUAAUAUCUGUACGAUGUGCAGUUAUUGUUGGUGGAAUGGAUAUGGUUCCGCAAGCCAUUGCGCUUGGCAAGAAACCUCAUAUUAUUGUGGCUACACCUGGACGACUGUUGGACCAUCUAGAGAACACAAAGGGAUUCUCUUUACGAUCGUUGAAAUACCUGGUCAUGGACGAGGCUGAUAGAUUGCUGGAUCUUGACUUUGGACCCAUUCUCGACAAGAUUUUGAAGGUCCUUCCACGAGAGCGCAAGACUUACCUCUUCUCUGCAACAAUCAGUUCCAAGGUUGAAAGUCUGCAGAGAGCAAGUUUGAAAGACCCACUUCGAGUCAGCGUCAGUAGCAGCAAGUAUCAAACGGUCUCGACCUUGCUUCAGAACUACGUCUUCAUACCUCUCAUUCACAAAGAUACCUACCUGGUCUUUCUUCUAAACGAAUUUGCUGGACGUUCGGCAAUUGUCUUCACUAGAACAGUCAACGAGACGCAGCGGAUUGCCAUCCUCCUACGAUCGCUUGGCUUUGGCGCGAUUCCAUUGCACGGCCAGCUCAGUCAGUCCGCGCGUCUGGGAGCGCUGAAUAAGUUCAGAGCUGGCUCGCGGGAGAUCCUUGUGGCAACUGAUGUUGCAGCUCGUGGUCUCGACAUCCCAUCUGUCGACGUGGUGCUUAAUUACGACUUACCACCUGAUAGCAAGACCUAUAUUCAUCGCGUUGGACGAACAGCAAGAGCCGGCAAGGCUGGACAUGCUAUUAGUCUUGUUACGCAAUAUGAUGUCGAGAUUUUCAAGAGAACAGAGGCGGCGCUGAAAAUGGAGCUGAAGGAGUAUAAGACAGAGAAGGAUGAGGUUCUGGUGUUCAAGGCUAGGGUGGAAGAGGCUCAACGGCAUGCGAGAAAUGAGAUGAAGAACUUGCACGAGGAUCGGGGAAAGAAGGGGGCGGUAUUGAAAGGCAGAAGACCGAAACCAGGUGACAAAAAGAGAGGUCGGGACGAAAUGGAUAGGGAAGAAGGUUGAUGUUGAGUUCAUAUGUGGGUAUACUUAAAUCAGCCAAUUGAUUUUG